UCGCGUUAUACGUCAUUGUGGAAAACAUGAAACUUGUUACAGUAGAGUUGCUUAUAGUUCUUCAUUAAACACUGAAUUUCACCUAAUUUAACUAUAAUACAGGAAUUCAGUUCAGAUGAGUAUUGCGGAAAAGCGUUUUAAACGAAAAUAUUUUUACAUUGACUCGUGUUUACAGUUCAAAACAGCAGCGGACUGUGACAUUUAUUGAUAAUAAAUUAAUAAAGUCAUGGAGAAUUCUGAAGAAGAUUCGCUUCAGUUGCAUGAGGAUGAAGAAAUAAUCGAGGUAAUUGAUCUGAAUGACACAGAACAGACCGCAGAUGAUCUUGCUGAUGAAUUGGAGGAUGUGGAUGUUGCUGAAGAUAAAAGAUGGGAGACUGAAGAUGAGAUGGAAUCAGAACAAGACGACAGUGAACUCACUUUCUCCAAACACACCGGUUCAGUGUUUUGUGUUCGUUUGGAUCCAGUGACUAACAGUCUUGCAGUAACUGGAGGAGAAGAUGACCGAGCGUUUGUGUGGAGCGUGAGUGAUGGUGACGUGCUGUUUGAAUGCACCGGUCAUAAAGAUUCAGUCACGUGUGUUGAGUUCAGCUGCGACUCGAAGCUGGUGGCAUCUGGAGAUAUGAGCGGACUCAUUAAAGUCUGGAAAGUGGAAAACAAGACGGAAAUCUGGUCGUUUGAAGUCGGAGAUCUGGAAUGGUUGGAGUGGCACCCGUGUGCUCCGGUCUUACUGGCCGGUACAGCCGAUGGAAAUCUGUGGAUGUGGAAGAUUCCAAGCGGAGACUGUAAGACAUUUCAAGGGCCCAACUGUCAGGCGACCAGCGGAAAGAUUCUCCCUGAUGGAAAGAAAGCGAUUGUAGGCUAUGAAGAUGGAACUUUACGUCUGUGGGACCUUAAACAAGGAAAUGCCAUUUAUGUCAUCAAAGGUCAUGAUGGUCAUCAGGGGGCACUCACAUCGAUGGCGUGUAAUAAAGACGGAUCACUGGUUCUGACUGGGUCAGUGGAUGGUCAAGCUAAACUCAUCAACUCAUCCACAGGGAAGGUGUUAUGCUCAUUUUCCACUGAAAACAGUGAAGUUAAAGACUCUAUGGAGGAGCAAAAUCCUAAUUCAGUAGAAUCUGUGGGCUUUUGCAAUGUGUUGCCUCUAAUUGCUGUUGCGUAUCUGGACGGCACUCUGGCAAUUUAUGACAUGAACUCUCAGAGCGUCAGACACCGCUGUAAACAUGAGGUUGGUAUUGUGCACAUGCAGUGGGAGGAAGCGUCUGCAGUCGUCAGCACCUGUAAUCUCGCUGGUGUCGUCACUCUGUGGGACGCUCGAUCGGGUCACAUGAUGUCAGAAUACCGCGGUCACGGUGCUGAGAUUCUGGACUUUGUGCUCAACAGAGAUGCAUCAGUCGCCGUGACCGCUGGAGGGGACCAUAAAGCCAAAGUGUUCUGUCUGCAGAGACCCGACCGAUAGAGAGACCUGCUUCUCCUGCGUCCUGAAACCAAUUAGACUUCAGUCACAUUUCAACUCCAUAAGGCCAACUUUUCCAAUCUUUGACACUUUUAACAUCAAUGACUGUGUGACUCUUGACAAACUUAUUAUUGUUUUAUCUUCAUUAAGCUCCAUGCAGGUAGAAUUGGGACACAUAUGAUAUAUGUGAUAUUCUAUUUUAAAAACACGUUGUUCAAGUGAUUAAUCAUUUUUCUUUACAGUAAACACUGGAUUUAUUCGUAGGUUCAGUGUCCAGACUGUUGAACUGACCAGACAGAUUAAAGAUCUUCUGUUGUUGAAGAACUGUUUGCUUUGUGUGUUUGUGUUGUCUUGUGUUUGUUUGAGGAGAAACUCUAAGCAGCUUUUCGCGUUCUUUCCUUACAGUAAAUUAUCAGCGGUGACACAAAAUCGGCAGCAUACACUUGACUGACAAGACCAUUGUAUGAUGUCAUGCUUUUGAUGGCCAUAAAUUCUGUUGUAGAUUAAUGUCAUGUUGAAACACUGCGUCUCUCACUAAUAAUUGCGUAAAAGUGUUCUUAUGUGUGCAUAAAAAAUGAAAUCAAAAUGAGUCGUAGGUCACAGUGCACCAUUUUUUGAAAAAUUUGAUUUGUCAAAAAAAAGAUUUGACUGUUUUGUUUUCUGGAGUUUUUUGAUUAAACAAAGUCUCCAUUUUCAAAUGAUGUCAAUGUUAACAUGAAACUCAAAUGAAAUGUUUUUAUUCUCUUUAAUGCGGCGUUUCCAUUCAGACAGAAGCGCUGCAUUGAGUCUCCUCCAAUCAGCAGCCUUCAAAUUACAGCAAGAAAAGAAAUGCAUGAAUAAACAUCAGAGGGGAUGUUGAAAGAUACAAUGCCAAUGGCUGAAUGAUCAUCUAAUGUAAUCGACAAAUCAGUUUUUCAACAGAGAGAAGACAAAGUCAAUGAACUUUGACCUAACGGUUGCCUACAUUUACCUCAGGAAAGUUAUACGAUGUCCAUAGUCAAUUAUCUUAAAAUUACCUUUAGAGAAGAGCAAAUUGCUAAAGUUUAAAAAAAAAACUAUUACGGUCAGAGAUAUAACAACAGAUGCAGAGUAGAUAACUCAAUUCAGAGGAUUUAACUGUGCCGGCACCGGUGGAUACACAAUAACAUAUAAAGGGUUUCCACGCAACCUCUAGAACUAAUAUAUGUAUUUUUAUAUACAAAUAUCCACUGGCGGCCAGAAGUUUGGAAUAAUGUACAGAUUUUGCUCUUAUGGAAAGAAAUUGGUACUUUUAUUCACCAAAGUGGCAUUCAACUGAUCACAAUGUAUAGUCAGGACAUUAAUAAUGCGAUAAAUUACUAUUAUAAUUUGAAAAAAAAAUUCAGAACUUCUUAAACUACUUAAGUGUUCUCAUCAAAAAAUCCUCCACAUGCAGCAAUGACAGUUUUACAGAUCCUUGUUAUUCUAGCGGUCAGUUUGUCCAGAUACUCAGGUGACAUUUCACCCCACACUUCCUGUAGCACUUGCCAUAGAUGUGACUGUCUUGUCGGGCACUUCUCACGCACCUUACAGUCUAGCUGAUCCCACAAAAGCUCAAUGGGGUUAAGAUCCAGAACACUCUUUUCCAAUUAUCUGUUGUCCAAUGUCUGUGUUUCUUUGCCCACUCGAACCUUUUCUUUUUGUUUUUCUGUUUCAAAAGUGUCUUUUUCUUUGUAAUUCUUCCCAUAAGGCCUGCACCCCUGAGUCUUCUCUUUACUGUUGUACAUGAAACUGGUGUUGAGCGGGUAGAAUUCAAUGAAGCUGUCAGCUGAGGACAUGUGAGGCGUCUAUUUCUCAAACUAGAGACUCUGAUGUACUUAUCCUCUUGUUUAGUUGUACAUCUGGUCUUCCACAUCUCUUUCUGUCCUUGUUAGAGCCAGUUGUCCUUUGUCUUUGAAGACUAGUGUACACUUUUGUAUAAAAUCUUCAGUUUUUUGGCAAUUUCAAGCAUUGUAUAGCCUUCAUUCCUCAAAACAAUGAUUGAUGAGUUUCUAGAGAAAUCUGUUUCUUUUUUGAAAUUUUUGACCUAAUAUUGACCUCAAGACAUGCCAGUCUAUUGCAUACUGUGGCAACUCAUAAACACAAAGACAAUAUUAAGCUUCAUUUAAUGAACCAAAUAUCUUUCAGCUGUGUUUGAUAUAAUGGCAAGUGAUUUUCUAGUACCAAAUGAUCAAUUUAUCAUGAUUACUCAAGGAUAAGGUGUUGGA